AUGCUGCUACACCGUCUGUUGUAUCUUGUGGCUUUGCUUCUUGGCGUGGCAUGUGUCUGUGGGGCGGAUGAAGAGGCAAAAGCUGCGCAGGGGCUUUAUCCUGAUGCUGCUGAUUCUAGCAGUACUUGUGAUGGCCCUAAAAAAACUCAAAGUGCUUGUAUUUCUGGUUUACCUGCUAAACUUCCUGCGACUCCUCUUCAGCCUGGAGAUAGGGGUCAACCUGCCAUUGAAAAUCUCGCUCCAGAUAGUCGUACUGGUCCCGUCACUACCGUGCGGGGAAGUGAUAGUGAUCCGCAUGUAUCUGAACAGCAUGGGCCAGAACUUCAAAAAGAAAAGGAUCCAUUAGGUAGUCAGAACAACGUACAAGGAGUGGCAGCGGACACUCAUGUAAACAACCCAAACACACAGCCAUCAUCAUCAUCUCUUGGGCAGCGACCUCCCAGUGGGUCAAGUGGUCCUGAGGGCCAAACGAGAACGAAUGGUGGAACUACACAAGACUCUAAAGAAGAAAACCGCAACACAGAAAUCGAUACUGGAAGUACAGGAUCCCAGAGAACUGAUGACUCAACAGAACAUCCUACUCCAAAUGCA